AGGAUACCGCAGCGCAGAGACCCAAACCCGAUCCCCAAACUGGGCAUUUCGCUCACGAGCUCUCCGCCUCUCUCCCACACCAAUUUCGAAACAGCGAGAGCCAAAAAGGCAACGCGAAACCCUUGUCCCCUCUCAGAUUAGGCCCUAGGCUCGACCCAGAGGGAGGAGGAGGAGCAGGAGCAGCUUCGGCCUCGAGGCGCUCGCCGGCGCGCCAAUUCGCUACGGGUCAAGGGCGAGGUGGCCGGGGGAUGGCUGCCGUCGCGGGCCAGCUCAGGGAGCUCGGGGACAAGCUCGGCUCCGAGCUGCCGGCCGAGGCCGAGGCGCUCGCCAAGCUCCUCGAGCAAGCUGCGGAGUGCCUACAUGUAAUAGAACAGUCACCAGGGUCGUCGGUGAUGGAAGCUAUCCAACCAUGUCUAACAGCAGUUGUCAGAAAAGAAUUGCUGAAACAUCAGGAUCAAGAUGUUAAAGUUCUCUUGGCAACCUGCUUCUGUGAAAUUACAAGAAUAACUGCACCUGAAGCUCCAUAUAGUGAUGAUGUUUUAAGGACCAUAUUUCGUCUGAUUGUUGGUACAUUUGGUGGACUCGCUGAUGUUAAUAGCCAUUACUUUAGCAGGAGAGUUGCUAUUCUGGAAACAGUUGCAAGAUACCGGGCAUGUGUUGUGAUGUUGGACCUUGAAUGCAAUGAUCUCAUCACAGACAUGUUCCAAACUUUUUUAGAAAUCGUCAGUGAAAAUCAUGAAACAAAUGUUGUGAAAUCAAUGCAGACAAUUAUGGCCCUUAUUAUAGAAGAGAGCGAGGUUAUACAUCAAAGCCUUCUACAUGUACUGUUAUCAGCUUUAGGCCGUAAAAAAACUGGUAUUUCUUUAUCUGCACGUAAGCUGGCUCGGGGUGUUAUAGAGCAAUCUGCAGGAAAACUCGAACCAUACAUAAAGAAGUUUCUUACAUCAUCCUUGGCUGGGGCCAACAGUUCUGCAAAUGGCCACAUUGAUCACCACGAGGUCAUAUUUGAUGUGUAUCAGUGUGCUCCAAGGGUUCUUAAAGUGGUGGUGCCUUAUAUAACUGGGGAACUACUGGCAGAUGAAGUAGAAAUGCGGUCUAAAUCAGUUGAGUUGCUCGGGGAACUUUUUUCUUUACCUGGAGUCCCUGUAUUGGAAUCUUUUAAGUCUCUUUUCAUUGAGUUCCUGAAGAGAUUGACUGACAGAGUGGUAGAAAUACGUCUUUCUGUGAUUGAGCAUUUAAAGAAAUGUCUAAUCUCAAACCAUUCCCGUCCUGAAGCUCCUGAGGUUAUCAAGGCACUUUGUGACAGACUGUUGGAUUACGAAGAAAAUGUACGAAAACAAGUUGUGGCUGCUGUUUGUGAUGUAGCUUGCCAUGAAUUUGGUGCUGUGCCAAUUGAAACUAUCAAACUAGUAGCCGAGCGUGUCCGUGAUAAAUCGCUUCCAGUGAAGUGCUACACCAUGGAGCGAUUGGCUGAUAUCUACAAGCUGUAUUGCCUGAAGGGUUCUGAUAGCUCGACUAAUUCUGAUAAUUUUGAGUGGAUACCUGGAAAAAUAUUGAGAUGCAUUUAUGACAAAGAUUUUAGGCCUGAGUCAAUUGAAUCAGUCCUAUGUGGUUCAUUAUUUCCACCAGAGUUUCCGACAAAGGAAAGAGUGAAACAUUGGGUAAUUGCUGCCACACAUUUUGAUAAAGUUGAGAUGAAAGCUCUUGAACAGAUUCUUCUGCAGAAGCAAAGGUUUGACCAUGUGUCCAUAAAUCUUUUUUUGAUAAUUGCUCUCCCUUAUCUUUUCUUUCCUUUUUUGAAUGUUCUGAUUUGUUGCAUUUUGAUCAACUUCAGACUACAACAAGAAAUGUUGAAGUACAUGUCCCUUCAACAGACAAGCCAGGAAGAUGCAGCUGAUGUGCAAAAAAGAAUCUUGGGAUGUUUCCGGAGCAUGUCCCGUUUGUUCAGUGAUGCGGUAAAGGCUGAGGAGUACUUGAACAUGCUUCUUCAGCUGAAAGAUGAAAAUAUCUGGAAAAUGUUCACAAGUUUGCUUGAUUGCGCAACAACAUUCAAUAAUGCUUGGUCUAUUCGGGUUGAUUUGCUCAAGUCACUUGGUGAAAAACAUGAACUGUAUGAUUUUGUCAGCACACUAUCAAUGCGAUGUUCGUAUCUACUUGUGAAUAAGGAAUAUGUCAAAGAGAUCCUGUCUGCAGCUUCUGAGCAAAAAUCUAUUGGGAAUACAAAACUCAUCUCAUCAUGCAUGGAUCUUCUGACGGCAAUAUCUAGUUUCUUCCCUUCACUUUUAUCUGGAUUCGAAGAAGAUAUCAUUGAACUUCUGAAGGAGGAUAAUGAAGUUCUUAAAGAGGGUAUUGCUCAUGUUUUGUCCAAAGCUGGUGGUAACAUUCGUGAACAACUGGCCUCAUCAAGCUCUGUUGCUCUUCUGUUAGAGCGGCUAUGUUUAGAGGGCACAAGGAAGCAGGCUAAAUACUCUGUUCAUGCUUUAGCCGCUAUAACUAAAGAUGAUGGUCUGAUGGCACUAUCUGUUCUUUACAAGAGGCUUGUGGAUUUGUUGGAGGAGAAGAAAGUUCAUUUACCUUCUAUCUUGCAAUCUUUGGGGUGUAUAGCUCUGAUAGCGAUGCCAAUUUUCGAAACAAGGGGGGAAGAGAUAAUAAGUUUCAUAACCAAAAAGAUUCUUGACUGCAGUGAUGAUAUGGCUAAAGUUUCCGCUGACAAAUCUGAAUGGGGUGAUAAUUCACAUAGUUGUUUGCUCAAGAUUUAUGGCAUUAAAACUUUGGUGAAGAGCUGUCUACCUUGCAAAGAUGCUCAAGUGCAUCCUGGAAUAGAAAAAUUAAUGGACAUCCUUAAGAGCAUUCUUACAUAUGGUGAUAUUUCCCCAAACAUGAUAUCAAGUGCUAGUGAUAAGGCCCAUUUGAGGCUGGCUGCAGCGAAAGCUGUUCUCCGCUUAUCAAGACAGUGGGACCAUAAAGUGCCUGUUGAUGUGUUUUAUUUGACUCUAAGGAUUUCACAGGAUGAUUUCCCUCAAAUGAGGAAGUUGUUUCUCAGUAAAGUACAUCAAUACAUCAAGGAGAGGGCUUUGGACGCAAAAUAUGCCUGCGCCUUCUUGAUAGGCAUAGACGAUUAUCAUACACCACAGUACGAAGAGUUCCAACACAACCUGAUCGAAGUGUCACAAAUAUGCCAACAAGUUAAGAUGCGUCAACUAUCUGUCCAAGCGGAUGUGAAUUUGCUCACAGCUUACCCAGAAUAUAUUAUUCCAUAUCUGGUUCAUGUCCUUGCUCAUGAUCCUUCAUGCCCUAACAUUGAGGAAUAUGAGGAUGUCAAAGCUUUUGCUCCAAUUUACUGGCCAUUGCAUCUACUUCUUUCAACCCUCCUGGGAGAAGAAGGUUUGCAGUAUAGUGUACCUGGUAUGAAAAAGGAGAGCUUCAUGACAACAUUAUCUAUAUUCAGAAGCAUCAAAUGUUCAAAAGACGUGGUCGAUGCAAAUAAGACCAAGACUGUACAUGCUAUAUGUGAUCUUGGUAUUCUUAUUGCAAAGAGGUUAUGUCCGGACCAGAUAAAUGUAUCAGAAAAUCAGACGGUUCCAUUGCCUGCACAACUUUAUGCAACAGUUCAGAAUGACCAAAAUGAAAACCCUGUGGAGAAUGAUGAACAGAAGUGGUUGGGAUGUGAGACUGUACUGUCCCAUUUCGAGGCUCUUAUGACAGCAAAUGUUGCUGAGGUUCAAUCUCCCGAAGAUAAGAUGCUCAUAGAUGAGACUGAUGAAUUUGGCAAUGAGAUCCCUCUAGGGAAAAUUGUCCAAAUUCUUAAAUCCCGAGGAGCAAAAAAGACAGGGGGGAAACAGAAGGCAGCAUCUGUUCCAGUAAAUACUGGAAAAGAUGAUGAUGUCUUGGGUUUGUUAAGAGAAAUAAACUUAGAUAACCAGGACAAUUUGGGGGAGUCGGUGAAGAGCAAACCAAAGAAGCCGCAGAUGGAUAUGAAAGAGAGCAACGAGAAGCCAGUAGAUUUUUCGACACCAAAACGCAAAAGAUCAGUUUCUAAGAGUAGACCACAUUCAGGAAAAGGCAGUAAAGACGGUGACGAGCUUUUAGUGCAUUCUGCUAGCAAAGGAAAACCCAGUGAUUCCUUAGAAAACAAGUUGAAGGAGAAAAGAAGAGCUGACUCAAAUGAUAAAGACUUGGUAGCAUCACCUACCAGUACCAAAACCCCUGUAUCCAAAGGGAAAAAGGAUGCUAAGUCCCAUACUGAAGUCUCGCGUAGCAGUGCAAAGAAGUAUGCUGAUGAGGACAAUACUAUGAGAGCUGCUGAACUGGCUAGUCUAAAUGGGUCCUUCAAAAGACAGAAGCCAAGACUGGUUUCUGGUUUAGCGAAGUGUUCAACGCAUGACUCAAGCAGUAAAGACUUGGUAGGACGUAGAAUAAAAGUUUGGUGGCCUUUGGAUAAGGAAUUUUAUCCAGGUGUCGUGAAAUCUUAUGAUUCAGCAAAGAAGCUACACACAGUCUUAUAUGAUGACGGAGAUAUGGAGCAGCUUAACAUGGCUAAAGAAAAGUGGAAAAUGAUUGAAAGUAAUGGUUCACCAAUGAAGCAGCAAAAGAAGGAUCAUGCAGGUUCAAAUCAAGGACGUGUAACACCUUACAGAGCACAAGAGACGAAAUCAACCAGCAGCACGAAAGUUCCAGCUAACCAACAUAAGUCAAUAAAGACAGCACAGGAGACGAAAUCUACCAGCAGCACAAAAGUUCCAGCUAACCAACAUAAGUCAGUAAAGACAGCACAGGAGAUGAAAUCUACCAGCAGCACGAAAGUUCCAGCUAACCAACAUAAGUCAAUAAAGACGCCCUCACCUCUAAAGAGGAAAGGAAAACCAAAAGCGCCGCCGGAAAACAAGCGUAGAAAGACAUCAGGAGGUAGCAAGUCCAUCGAAGCUACCAGCGAAGCUGGCGUUAAUGAUUCAGAUUCAGCCAGUUCUCUCGCUCAUUCAGAUUCUGACAAAGGUGUAAAAUCAGAUGGCGAGAAGGAUAAAGAGGUAGCAGUUGGCUCAGCUGGGAAAGAAAAAACAGGAAAAACAGAGAAAGAGUCUGCAGAAGAUAUGGAGCUGGAAGAGAAAAAACCUGACGGCGACAGUUUGAGCUGCAAGGAGGAAUCUGACGAUGAAACUCUUAGUGUCUGGAAAAAGCGCGCGUCGCAAGCAACAUAGGCUUCGCUUUAUCCCAGUUGACAUGUCGAUCCUAGGAUGCAGAUAUCAGAGGCAGUCGUCUGUGGAAUGUGGAUAUCUCAUUAAUUUGACCCUUGCAGCUGACAGUUGUGAUGUAGAAAAAUGUUCUUUGCAAUAGCAACAGGUUAGUAUAGAAGAGCCAGCUGGAUAGGAAGGAUUUGCUUUGUAAUGUUAUUUAGGUGCUAGAACUUGUUGCCGACUUCGCCAUGGCAUUGUUCGAUGGGCGAAUGAAUCCUCGAGGGUCAGAUGUUGUGUAACAUAUCUUGUUUACCAUUCUUUUGCAGGAGAUAGCAACCGUGUCUUUAAAACUCAUGUAGAAAUGUUGUACAACAAUAAAUCAGUGUCUUGGGAUUGUUUUGCUACCA